AUGGCGUCUCCGUUUCGCAUCGUGGAACAUGUCGUUCCAGGGCAGUAUCUGAGAGAGUAUCCUCGCGCAACAUCUACCUCGCAAGAAGAAACACUAUAUCUUGCUGUGAAGCAAUAUAUACCAUUGGAUAACCCCCAGCCACAACCGGGGGAUGUUACUUUUAUCGCAGCGCAUGCGAAUGGAUUUCCAAAGGAGCUCUACGAACCGCUGUGGGAAGAUAUAUAUGCCCAAUCGCAAAAGCAUGGGUUCAGGAUACGCAGUAUCUGGAUGGCUGACGCGGCGCAUCAAGGCGAGAGCGGGGUGAUCAAUGAGAAUAUGCUUGGAAAUGAUCCAAGCUGGUUUGAUCAUUCCAGAGAUCUAUUGCACCUGAUCAACCUCAAGCGCGAUGAGAUGCCUCGUCCCAUUGUAGGAGUUGGCCAUAGCAUGGGCGGCGCACAGCUGACGUAUCUAUCUCUGUUACAACCCCGCCUGUUCCACAGUUUGGUACUAUUAGACCCCGUCAUUCAGAGUGAAUCAACUCAAUCACCGGACAAAUUCGAAGGCCGCUUUGUCCCCAUGAACACCAUCCUCUCAACCCACCGACGCGACAUAUGGCCAUCCAGGAAAGCAGCAGCAGAGGGCUUCCAGCGCAGUCCAUUCUACAAAGCCUGGAACCCGCGCGUUCUCGACAGAUGGGUCAAAUAUGGUCUCCGAGAAUUACCAACUGUCGCUCAUCCAGAUGAGUCAAAAUAUAAAGCAUCAAAGGAUGACAAACCUGUCACCCUGGCUACGACGCGGCAUCAAGAAGUUUUCACCUUUUCGAGGCCGAAUUAUGACUAUGACCGUGCGAAUGAGAAGCCCGCCAACCUUUAUGAAACACCGGAUCUUAAACCAGAUGGACCGAAUACAUUCCCAUUUUACCGCAUGGAGCCAAACUUCAUAUUUUCUCAAUUACCGCGUGUCCGACCCAGUGUACUAUACAUCUUUGCAGGACAAUCAUUUAUGUGUACACCGUCCAUGAUGCAAGAUAAGAUGGACAACACGGGCAUCGGACAAGGUGGAAGCGGCGGCGUAGCUGUCGGAAGAGUCAAGUCAGUUUAUUUCCAGGACAAAGGACACUUGUUGGCGCAGGAGGCGGUUGCGGAAUGUGCACACGCAGCAGUUGAGUUUUUUGGUAAAGAAUUGCAACGCUGGAAAGAGGAAGAGGCUGCAUUCCAGAAGACGUGGAGUGGGAAAUCGCAGGUUGAGAAGUCGACUGUUGACGAGAGGUGGUUGAAGGAGGUUGGUCCGCCGCCUGUGAGGGCUGCGAAGACUACGGAUGGGAAUUCGAAGCCGAAGUUAUAG